AUUACUUUCUUCUCCUCCCACACCCACGACGUAGAACCCUAGUGUAAAUACUGCAGUUCGCCACACCACACAACAGAACCCAGAAGCGUUUGCAUAAUACAUACCCAGCUUAAAAUACCGACACACACCGACAACUCUGCAUUUGCAAUCAAGAUUACUCUAGAGUAAGGAAGCACUGGGCUGCAAUUUCGCCCUCGUUUGUGUCCGGAUUGCUUCACCUCAUUGCAUACAGAGUGCUGCAGCGGUUUGGACCACUCCUCGGUUUUUCAGCAUCACCUCUGCACGGCUCAAGUCCCAGACUGGGAUGCUGUGAUGUUGCUGUGAUGCUGAUUAAUGUCGUGUCGCUGACUGUGUUUGGCUCACACACAGAGCACCAUGUCGCUGUAUCCGUCUCAGAUUAAGGCGUUCAAGAGCAGCGAGCCCAAAACCCUUGGGGCAGUGCAGAUCAUCAUUGGCUUGCUGACGGUCAUUCUGAGCACGAUUGUGUAUAAACUGCACUAUCACAUCCAGCGGGAGGUCAUCAUCCUCAUCCUGAAUGGUGCUCAACUCCUUAUCACUGGAAUUGUCUUGGUGCAUACUGGUAGGAGACCCUCUAAAUGUCUGGUGGGUACAACUAUUGUUUUGCAGUUGCUAACCGCAGCAUUUGAUAUUGUCGGAUUUGGUCUCAUAGCCCGACAUGUACCCUUUCGUGGGGAAUCGUACUACUACAGAGACACUGAGUGGUGUUGUGACCCACGCCAUUCAUUGUGGGCUUGCUGUGGAGAAGGAGAUAAAAAGGGACAGAGAGAGUUCCUGGUGAAUGGCAUUCUGGGCACCUUGAUUGGCUCUUUGGUAUUAGUGUGUAUUAUCGGUUUGGUUGUGGCACUUUUCGGAGUGUAUGCCCUGUCUGUUAGUGCUAUUAAGGAGUUGACACCUAUUCCCAACUCCAAUGCAAAGGCACAGUAUGGUUCUGGAGAACAGGCCAGGACUAAUGUGCGUAAUGGGAACUGACAGAACAAAAUCUCUCACAAGAUAAGGUCAACGGUUUCAGCACAGUUUCAUACCAAUCAAAAGAAACAACUGGUUCACCUCUAAAUCACACACAAGUAAAAAAAACAAAAAACAAAAAAAACCUUUCGUGACAGUGUAAAUAAUUUGUAAAAUUGUUAGCUCCUGUUAUUUGGCUGUUUUCGCACUCUGCAAUGAAUUUUGAUGGCUACACAGUUGCUAGAACUACAUUCAUUUUCCACUAAUAAACAAGUUUGUUUGCAUAAAAAUGCUUAUGUAGUAUCAGUAAUCAGCAAGCCAUAGACGUGAAUGCUGUGAGACUGUUUAGAAAUGUAGGUAACAAUUCUUUUUUUAAUAUGCUUAAUAAUGUUCAAAUUAGACAGAUUGUUCACAAUAAUUCAUGUUUGUACUGGACUUCAACCGCUUUAAAAACAAAGAAAGAAAUAUGACUGAAGAUGUAUAAUAUAGUGUAUUAUUAAUGCAAGUCUGUGCUGGGGUGCAGUAGAACAUCAUUUGCAUGAAACAUCAUUCAAAUUAUAAGGCUAGCAAAGA